AUGACUCCGUGCCCGCCGCUGUCUGCUCGGGACAUAUCUCGAAGCACUGCCGCUGUUCGCGUUCACACGCCAAAUGGCAUCGCUUCAGCUGUGCGGGUGAGACAGGCACACUCCCCGACACCGCUGAUGUUUGCAAGACAUGCCGUCUCCGCCGUCGUUGGGCAAACCGUCGGAUAUCCAGCAGCAGCAGGUGUCGCAGCUGCAGCGGCGACUCCUCCCGUUCGGCGAGGUCUUUUCGAGUAUGCCUUAGCCUCGCCCCGGCGCCUGGCACCCCAGGAAGCCUACGGAGCCACCCGACCGGUGGCGGUAUUUAGCCCGAGACACGUCACUGCCGUCAACGGCGCUUGUCGCUUUCAACAAGUCCCUACGGUGACUCCGCCAAAGCAUGCGCCAUCUACGCCGCCGGCGGACGGUACUGGAGCUUCUGGGGCAAGGACCCCGGCACCACCAGCGCCAGCGCCGACACCAGCUACGCCACCGCAGCCCUCAGCCCCUCUUCCUGCACAAGGUCAGGACGAGGAGCCGAACCAGCUGGUUCCUGGGACGCAGCUGCAGGUGGGGUGCCUGCAUCUUCGAUGUCAGGAGUUAUUAGGAAGCGGUUCCUACAGCACCGUGUGGCUGGCACAGGUAGAGAAAGCUCAGGAGGGCAGCGACAUGCCUCGCAGCGUCGCCCUGAAGGACGUUUUCUGCAGGGGUGAAGCUGCUCUGCAGCAAUCCCUCUUUGAAGUUCAACUGUUAAUGGCCGUGGAGCGCCGGGCCGCGCGCGCCGCCCAGCGCGGCCUCCCGCCGCAGGUGCCGCGGCUGCCGCGCUGCCUUACUUACCAGGUAGAUGCUUCGGGCUCUGGCUGGAGUGUCCGAAUGGCGCUGACACGCCUGCGGGGCGAGCAGCUUGACGGCUGGCUGCAAAGAUCGGCCGAAGUCAGUGGCGAAAGCUCCCAAAGGCCCUGGACAGAUGCGCUGCGCGGUGGAUGCAUUCUGGCAAGGCGCUUGCUGCAGCAGCUGGGCCCAACGCUUCAGAACCUGGCUCCCUUGGCGUGGCACCGUGAUGUCAACUCCCAUAAUGUCCUCAUUUGCAAUGAGACGUCGGAGGACGGCACGUUAAGCUUGGAUGACGGCGAGGAGAAAGCCUCCUUCUGGCUCUGUGAUCUGGGGCUUGCCGUCGACUCCCAGAGCUGGAUCGGAGAGGAAAAUCUCUGGAGGGUGACGGACAUCGGUGGGGAUUGCAGAUACUGGCCAGCCUCCUGUUGGAUGGUCCACUGCUUUGGGGCAGACUACUUGGAGGAAAGGCCUAACUUUUGCAGGCAGUACAAAAGCAGGCUGGAUAUCCACGCGCUCGGCAUCACAGCCAUAGAAGUCCUAUGUACAAAACCCCUGGCCCUCCGCACAGCCGGUGCUCCUGCCGGCGAUGUUCCCAGCUGCUGGUCGAGCCUUCUGGAUGCGUGGAAGCAGUAUCACGAUACUGUAAGCGACUGGUGGCAGGCCAUCUACAGCGUGUUUAGCGCGGGUGGCGACUUCCGUCCAGUUCAUGCUUGGCUGGUGGAGAUCGCUGCGCCCGACAAGGUCGUCUCUCUUGUCGGCAACAUGCGACAAGCUCUGUACGAGUGCGCAGAUUGCAGCGACGAGGCCGUCGCACAGCUUCUCCGCGCAGUGGCUGCUGCAGCCGAUGAGGAUUCUCAGCUCGAGCUUCUGGACAUUUGCAAGCUGGCCGGACAAGCUCCUGAAACUGGUCCAGGCGCAGCUCUGUCGACGGAGGCAAAGCAGGACCCUUCAUCCACUGCAGCAGCGGACGUUGCUGCUGGCACGCAGGAUUCGGCUACAUCUCAAGAAGAGAGUCGUGGCAAAGAAAACAGGCACUCUUGUAGCGACUAUGGACAAGGCUCAUUCAUGACACGUUCGCACCCAGGACCGAUGAGCGUGAGCCUCCCAGUCUUCACCCAGCUGAGGGGCUUGUUGAGAGUUUCCAUGAUAGAAAAUGAACACCAUGCCAACUGUCGACACAAAGUUGAAACUGAUUGCACAAGUAAGGCCAAUGAGUGCAGUAUCGCUCAUGUCUCGGCCCUCCAAGCGCGCAUGAUACCUACCCCCCACCGCUCUUUCAGACAAUGGCACGCAGUCCAAGUCGCAAAUCAGUGUUGCCACUCCCCAGCUUGUGGGCCACUGCAAUCAGCUAGAAGUUGA